GCGACCAGAUCAUGCCAGUGGCAAUAUGCCGUGGAACGUUUCACCUUUGCAAGUCUCCAUGUAUAUAGCAAUGAUCUCACCUUUGCUCCAAAAUCUCUUUAGCAAAAAAAGCCGGCUGUAGACUGAGGUUGUUGGUGCGAUUGCAUUAUGAAAUCGACUUCCCAAUUUAUGACGAAAGGCGUGCCUAUUGCCUGGUGUGAACUUUGGGGAUAUUGUCGAGGUGACUGACUACUGCAGAUAAUGUUUAUUGUGUCGCUGAAGAUCCCAAAUCCAGGGCGCCCGUGGCGAAGAUACCUCCGCGAGCCAGGGAGCCAGUUCCAUCCUGCAGCUAUUGAGAAACUUGUCUCAUUGCUCCCCAAUUUGGAAAACAUGCAUAUGGAAAUGAAUAUGCCUAGGUCUAAGCGAGUGGAACUAUGAAGACAACACUUGUUGGCUCUUUAGCUAUCGUAUCACAACGUCUCCUGAAUCUGAGUUCCCUGAAAAUAUACAC